ACCGAGAAGCAAAUUAUUUUUUAACGAAGUUAAGUGCAAAGUGCGUAGGGUCGUUGAGGCAGUACCGAGUAUAUGAUGUGUCAGACUGUGUCGAGCCGGAAUUGUCCGUAAAUUUUCUAGUUAAAUUAUGGCCGGGAUAACUCUAGUUGGAAGCAAAGUGAUUUUGGCUGUCGGUAAUUUUUUUUUACUGGCAUGUGGUUUUACAUUAAUCUCAGGCGGUAUGCUAGUCCUGUUCGACUCGGAACGCAUUUUGUUAUCCAAACUCCUAGCCGCAGGACCAUUUCCCGAACUAACUCAGCCAUAUCUCUACUACGUAUCCAUCGGCCUAGCUUUGCUUGGCCUUAUCCUAGCUACUGCAGGCAUUCUAGGAUGCUGGGCGUCUUGUUUGCAUAGCUAUUGGCUACUAUCAAUAUAUUUUUUUCUAGUAAUGGCGGUACUGAUAUGCGAAUGCACCAUUUAUUCAGUCGUAUGGAUCUGGCCUCAAUGCGUAGGCUUGGGCCUGGACACUGAAGCUUUGGUGAAAAUCCUGCAAAGAAAUUAUGGAGUCAGUGGACAAGAUCAGUUUACAGCUGCAGUGGAUUUAGCACAAACAACUUUUAAUUGCUGUGGAAUAAAUACGGCUAACGAAUACGACACUUCUUUGUGGAGACUUCAAGGAUUGGGUCAACCUCUGGCAAUUCCAUUAACUUGUUGCAUUUUGCAAAAUCCCAAAGAAAUUAAUGCUUAUUUGAAUCCCAUGCCGGUCAAUGCCAGUUUAUGUCAGGCUUUGGAACAAAAUAGACACGAUGGAUACAGACAUAUUGCUGGUUGUCAAGAUAGAUUAGACCAAUGGUACCGGACGCACUACGUCGCCUUUCUAGGUAUGGGCUUGGCAAUGGUCCUAAUAGAAUUUUUCGUUCUUCUCAGUACGGUUUUAACUUGUACCAGAGUUUACCAUCACAAUCAGGAAUCCAAAGAGAACGCUCAAAAUUCGGCUCAGGAUUCAGAUUCGGGUCCGAAAGACUACAUUAUUCAUAAGAGGCCGUCUUCCACUACUCAUGGUGCUUACAGUAACGAGACCUACGCUAUGACCGAUAGUUUUAGGCAGAAUUAUAAGUUACUUGAUAAAGUUUAGAUUUAAUUUUUAGAUUUUAGUUUUUUGUUUCUUGUCUGUAAUCCUAAUAUAUUAUUUAAAUAAGUAAGUA